CUGAUAACGAACGGCCUGACGCCUUCCCGUGAGGAAGUCUGCCAGCCACGCUAUCAGUAAGGCAUUGUGGUCCGAGGAAGACGGGUGUACGCCACCGCGAUGUUGAGUUUUCUCAUCUCCCUCCUGACGCGGCUGUACCUGUGGGUGGUGCGCUGCGUGUUCAGGCUUCUCUGGGCAUUAGGGGGACCCACCAAGUUGCUGUUGCCUCCCAUAGACGACCCUGCGUUGAUGCAGUCUGCCCGUACCUUGGCGCUCUGGAUACGACAGAGGAAGAGGAGCGCUGUAUCCGUCAUGGAAGCUUUUCAACGGCGCAUCGAGGCAGUGAACCCUAUCAUCAACGCUGUCGUAGAUGAACGUUUCAAGGCUGCCCUGCAAGAGGCACGGGAAGUGGACCAGCGGCUUGAUGCAUGCACGCAGGAGGAACUAGAGGAGAUCGGUCGCACUCAACCGCUUCUUGGGGUACCAUUCACUUCUAAAGAAACCAUCAUGGUGAAGGGACUGAGUAACGCUGUAGGGUUGGUGUGCCGGCAGGGUGUGAAGGCUUCGCGGGAUGCCGAAGUGGUGGGCAGACUCCGAGAGGCAGGCGCCAUUCCGAUGGCCGUUACCAACGUACCAGAACUUUCAAUGUGGAUAGAGUCCUACAAUCUUUUGAAUGGCCGCACCGUCAAUCCUUACGACGUCAGCAGGACCCCUGGAGGAUCCAGCGGCGGUGAGGGGGCCUUGCUUACAUCUUGUGGCACUCCACUUUCCGUUGGCACUGACCUUGCUGGCUCCAUACGGAUUCCUGCGUUCUUAUGUGGCACCUUUGGACAUAAGCCAACCUCAGUAUCCAGUGACUGUUUGAAAUUGCUGUCUUACAACAUCUGUAGCAUACCCUCUCAUUUAGAUGCUUUUUUAAACCAGUUCAUUGAUCGACUUGAAUUUGACUUUGAUGUUAUCGGCCUCUGUGAGACACGUCUGACAAAUUCGCUUAGCCCACUAUAUAAUAUAAAACAUCUAGCAAAUGAGAAGCUCCCAUGUUAUAUGAUGGGAGAUUUUAAUAUAAACCUCCUCAAUAAGAAUAAUCAGAUGUAUAACCUAAUUGAUAUGUUUUAUGCUUAUCAUUUCUUUCCUGUAAUUACCAAGCCCACUAGAGUUACCAGAAAUUCUGCUACUUUGAUAGACCAUAUAUGGACUAACAAUCUGCACAACCAUCUAAUAAGCAUGAACAAGAAAAAAAAAAAACUAUUCUUAAUGACCUAUUCGUUGAUACACCGUCUGUCAUUAGUUCACCUCCAUAAUGAGACUUCUCCGUCUUGUAUGUUCUCUUCUGGACAGGAUAAGCUUGGCCACAAUGGUGUGCUGGUAGUGCCUGUAUUGCCCUUAGUGGCACCCUUCCAUGGAGAACUUUUGUGCUCCUGGAACGAUAUCAACCUCAAUGGAAUUUUCAAUGCCACUGAAAUGCCGUCCACUGCUGUUCCUCUUGGACUUACUAAGGAUGGCUUCCCUCUUGGACUGCAGGUGGUGGCGACCCCUGGGAAUGACCACUUGAGCCUGGCAGUAGCGGCGGCGCUGGAGGAAGAAUUCGGAGGAUGGGUCUCUCCGUCACCGGUCUCCGUGUAGUAAAUAACGUGGAGAUAGAUGAAUAAAUAUAUGCAUGAG